AGAACGCCUACUUCCUCCUUCUGUUCAUUUCUUUCUUUUUUACUUUUCUUGCUCGCCUUAGCCACAUAGAAAGAAAGUUUUAUGCUUGGAAGCUGUUUGCUGUCUGGCUGCAGUAGCUUGUGCUGCCUUGGUGUUGAUGUAUAUCUGAGCAGAAUCUGCAAUUCUGUGUUUCCUGGCACUAAUCGGCUUAAAGAAGAAGGAGCGAGCAGCCUGGCGCGAAGGUUUCCGGGUGUGAAUGAGCGCUAGGCAGCUGUAAGAGGCAUUUAACGCCUGAUAUUGCAGCCAUGCCGCCCCCUGCGGAUAUCCUGAAAGUGGCCAUCGAGUGGCCAGGGGCCUUCCCCAAACUUAUGGAAAUAGACCAGAAAAAGCCUCUCUCUGCAAUCAUUAAAGAAGUCUGUGAUGGGUGGCAGCUGCCAAACCCCGAAAUCUACGCCUUACAAAACGCAGACUCCACUAAUUUCUACAUCACUGAAAAGAACCGCAACAACAUAAAAAAUGGCUCCAUCCUACGCCUGACCACGUCACCUGCCCAGAUGGCACAGCAGCUGCACGAGCGCAUCCAAAGCGGCAGUCUGGAUAUGAAACUGGAUGCUCUGAAGGACUUGGCUAACUCAUCCCGAGACAUUACCUUCGCCCAGGAGUUCAUCAACCUGGAUGGUAUCUCGCAGCUCACCCAGAUGGUAGAGAGUGGCACAGAACGGUAUCAGAAACUACAGAAGAUGAUGAAGCCCUGCUUUGGAGAGAUUCUUUCUUACACGCUGACGGCCUUCGUGGAACUCAUGGACCACGGCAUCAUCUCGUGGGAUACGUUCUCGGUGGCCUUCAUUAAGAAGAUUGCAUGUUUUGUGUGCAAGUCAUCCACAGACUCUGCCGUGCUGCAGAGAUCUCUAGCCAUCCUGGAGUCUAUGGUGCUUAACAGUCAGGAUUUGUACCAGAAGGUGGCGCAGGAGAUCACUAUCGGCCAGCUCAUGCCUCAUCUUCAAGGGACGGAUCAGGACAUUCAGACUUACACUAUCGCAGUGAUUAAUGCUCUCUUCCUGAAAGCCCCCGAGGACAAGAGACAGUAUGAUCCGAGCAUUGUCAACAUCCUUGAUUGUCCCCUAACCGAGAUGGCUCACAUCCUGGCACAGAAGGAGUUGCGCAAAAUUAUCCUUUCUAGUGUAAUCAGGAGCCCCAAGCCCAUUAAUGAUGAGAUGGCUCACCAGCUUUAUAUGCUGCAAGUGCUGACCUUUAACCUUUUGGAGGAUCGCAUGAUGACCAAGAUGGAUCCUCAGGACCAGUCUCAGCGAGACAUCAUCUUUGAGCUGCGUCGGACCGCUUUUGACGUAGAGUGCGAUUCCAACAGCGGCAGUAUUGAAAAGCGCAAGUCCAUGUACACCAGAGACUAUAAGAAGCUAGGCUUCAUCAAUCAUGUGAACCCAGCAGUGGAUUUCACACAGAUUCCUCCGGGGAUGUUGGCUCUGGAUAAUAUGCUGUAUUUUGCUAAACAACACCAGGAUUCCUACAUAAGGAUUGUCCUGGAGAACAGCAGCCGUGAAGACAAACAUGAAUGUCCUUUUGGCCGCAGCAGUAUCGAGCUUACCAAAAUGCUGUGUGAGAUCCUCAAAGUAGGAGAACUGCCCAGUGAGAAUUGCCAUGACUUUCACCCCAUGUUCUUCACUCAUGACCGCUCUUUUGAGGAGUUCUUCUGCAUCUGCAUCCAGCUGCUUAACAAAACCUGGAAGGAGAUGAGAGCCACAUCAGAAGACUUUAACAAGGUGAUGCAGGUGGUGAGGGAACAGAUCACUCGUGCUCUGACGAACAAGCCUAACUCUCUGGAUCAAUUUAAGACCCGCCUGCAAAACCUGAGCUACACUGAAAUCCUCAAGAUCAGACAGUCAGAGAGAAUGAACCAGGAGGACUUCCAGUCUCGGCCCAUUCUGGAGCUGAGGGAGAAGAUCCAGCCUGAAAUCAUGGAGUUGAUCAAACAGCAGCGUCUUAACCGCUUGUGUGAAGGCACCUGCUUCAGGAAGAUCAGCAGCCGCAGGAGGCAGGAUAAGUUCUGGUAUUGUCGAUUGUCACCCAAUCAUAAAGUACUCCACUAUGGGGAUCUGGAGGAGAGUCCUCAGGGAGAGGUGCCUCAUGAUUCUCUACAGGACAAAUUGCCCGUGGCCGAUAUUAAAGCUGUUGUCACCGGUAAGGACUGCCCACAUAUGAAGGAGAAGGGAGCCCUGAAGCAGAACAAGGAAUUGUUGGAGCUGGCCUUUUCUAUCCUCUAUGAGUCUGAUGAGUAUUUAAACUUCAUUGCGCCUGACAGGCAUGAGUACUGCGUGUGGACAGAUGGGCUCAACGCUCUUUUGGGGAAGGAGAUGACCAGUGAAUUCACUCGCUCUGACUUAGACACACUUCUGAACAUGGAGAUGAAGCUCCGCCUCUUGGACCUGGAGAACAUCCAGAUCCCUGAGGCCCCGCCUCCUAUCCCGAAAGAACCCAGUAAUUAUGACUUUGUCUAUGACUGCAACUAAAUCCCUCCACUGGACCAAGUUAUUUUUUUUACAUGCAGACUGGAAGAAAAAAACUUUUAGGAAACAAACAAUGGAUCAAUUUUUAUUUCUUCCUUUUGCUUAAUUCUCUCUUUUUUUAUUAUUAUUGCAUAAAUUCCCCGUGAGUUUAUUAAACUCCCAGCUUGCUUUUUUCGGGUGUAUGAACACGUCCCAUAUGGUUGGAUCCUCAGGUUCAGAACCAACACCUCAUAAAAAUUACAGCUAAGUUUGUAGUAACCACACACACGCACACACCUUGAACCUGGUUUUUCUCUGGCUAACACUCUGUCACAAUUCUUGUCCUUUACGUUUUUAUUUCCAUCCAUCUUGUUUGAGGUGAGUGCCCCGGUGCUGAGUGUGUGCAGAGCCUGGGGACUUUGGCUUUUAGCACUUCCUGCAGCAGACAUCUGACUCACACAGGCGGCAGCUAACAGCACAGAAAAUACAGUGUAAGUGACAAUAGCUAAGAGCCAGAGUCCAUCGCCAUCAGCGCACCCUGCUACAUAAACGAUAGACUGUUAUCUCCUGUCUCAUAUUAGCCCUGAUCUGAGUCUGUCCUUCCCUCAGUGGUGUAGCCAGCCUGUGGGACUGUAACCUGAAAAUACAAAUACAAAAUCCAACGCUUGCUUCUAAUUUAUACCCACCAGACUUGUGGUAGACUGCUGUAACAUUCCAAAGCAAUAUAUUGAGCUUCUGUUUUUGUAACAUGGUGUAAACUUUAGUGAUAUUUGUGCUGCCAAGUAGUCAGUAUUCUGUUUGAUUUGUGUCAGUUAAGAGAUUUUUUUUUUUUUGGAACAUUUUUGAUCACUGUUAAUUUAAGCUGAAUGAUAUAAAUCAUCUCACUGUUUUAUCCUCAUGAAUUAUUUUUUAAUCCCUUCAAAUGUUGUGUUUUAGAGCCCUACACCAUGCUGUUUACAUUAAAGAUCAAUUCCAAUUCA